CACUUUAUUAUCAACUAAGAGGAGUUCGCAACACAAGCAACCAGGACACCAUGGUUCCAGAAACGGAGUGCGGAAUCUGCUACCGGACUUACAACGCCAGUCGGAGGUGUCCUCGACACCUGACCUGCAAACACUCGUUUUGUGAGAGCUGCCUGUUGACGCUCGCGAGAUCCGCGGAGAGUCCCGUUACCGUACCCCGGAUAGUGUGUCCGCUGUGCCGUCACUCCACCUCGCUGUCGGCGGAGAGAGUCCAAGACAACCUGCCGGUAGACGAGGACAUUUUUGAGCGUAUAGUAACCGCGCGCAGCUCUGAGGAAUGCACGGAUGAUGAUGAUGACGACGACACCGAGGAGCCCGAGAGGGACCCGUCCAGCCCACCAAAAGAGGACGUUUCACCACCUCCUACAUCCCGAAAAGGACACCUGAUGAAAAGCAUAAGACGCCUGUGCAAAAGAGUCACCGGGGAUCGUGUGCGGAGAAAUUGUUUGACUAAUGAAGACCUGAGGGACCUGGCAAUGAUGUCCUGCUACAUGUGAAAUCGAAGUUGUUGAUCGUCUCAACUGUGUUCUCACACAUUCCUCAA